GGGCCGCCUCCCGCGCCCCAGGACGAGAAGGAACAGGGCCGUGAGGAGGAGAAGGAGCGGGGCAGCGAGGCGGGCUGCGAGGAGCCGCUGGAGUACCCCGGCGACGGCUGCCGGGACCUGCCGCCGCCGCCCGCCCCGGACAUCAAUCAGCUGCCACCUUCGAUCCUCCUCAAGAUAUUUUCCAACUUGUCUCUGAAUGAGCGUUGCCUCUCAGUGUCAUUAGUCUGUAAAUAUUGGCGUGAUCUCUGUUUAGAUUUUCAGUUUUGGAAGCAACUGGACCUCAGUAGUCGUCAGCAGGUCACUGAUGAGCUGUUGGAAAAAAUAGCAUCAAGAAGCCAGAAUAUUACUGAAAUCAAUAUUUCUGAUUGUCGCAAUGUAUCUGAUACAGGAGUAUGCAUAUUAGCAAUUAAAUGUCCUGGGCUUCUAAGGUAUACUGCCUACAGAUGUAAACAGCUUUCUGACACCUCUAUUAUUGCAGUUGCCUCUCAGUGUCCUCUUCUACAGAAAGUGCAUGUGGGCAAUCAAGACAGACUCACUGAUGAAGGCCUGAAGGAGCUCGGUUCAAAAUGCAGGGAAUUGAAAGACAUACAUUUUGGGCAAUGUUACAAGAUCUCAGAUGAAGGAAUGAUCAUCAUAGCUAAAGGCUGUCUGAAGCUGCAAAGAAUAUAUAUGCAAGAAAACAAAUUAGUGACAGAUCAGUCGGUGAAAGCUUUUGCUGAACAUUGCCCUGAGCUGCAGUAUGUUGGUUUCAUGGGCUGCUCUGUUACUUCAAAAGGAGUCAUUCACCUUACCAAUCUAAGAAAUCUUUCGAGCUUGGAUCUACGUCAUAUCACAGAACUGGACAAUGAAACCGUGAUGGAAAUAGUAAAGAGAUGCAAAAACCUUAAUUCUCUCAAUCUGUGUCUGAACUGGAUCAUUAAUGACAGAUGUGUGGAGGUGAUUGCCAGAGAAGGACGGAACCUGAAAGAGCUGUAUUUAGUAUCCUGUAAGAUCACAGACUACGCUCUGAUAGCCAUUGGGAGGUACAGCAUGACAAUAGAGACGGUGGAUGUUGGAUGGUGCAAAGAGAUCACCGAUCGUGGAGCCACCCAGAUUGCUCAGCGCAGCAAAUCCCUCAGAUACUUGGGACUGAUGAGAUGUGAUCAGGUGAACGAGGCCACGGUGGAGCAGCUGGUGCAGCAAUAUCCACAUAUAACUUUCAGCACUGUGCUGCAGGAUUGCAAGAGAACGCUGGAGCGGGCUUAUCAAAUGGGCUGGACACCCAAUAUGUCUUCUGGCUCCUAACCUUCUGUACCAACAUGUUCCACUCUGCUGCAUUCAGUAGAUCUAAUGGGGAUUGAAGGGUUUAUAACCUUUCAUAUGAUGCAAUAUAGUUGUGAGUUUACAGAGGUUACAGUAAAAUGGCAAAAGCUGUACACUGACUUUAAUGUACUGUACAACUGAGUACAAAUAUUGAAGCAAAACUUUAGAAAUGCGUUGUGAUUUUGUUUGCAUAAAAGAUAUAAAAGCCUUUGGCAAAUUUCUUGAAGUGGAUUCCUACUAGUUCUCUGGAUAGUUGAGUUAUAGAUGUUAAGCUUGUUUUCCUCUGUUUACUUUGCCUUGGUCAUGUGUGUUUCCUUUGAUCUGUAAAUGGUAACUCAGUGCACCAGUGCAGCUGAACAACAGAGUCCUGUGUUGAAACUGGGAACUACCUUGUCACUUUUUAUUUACUAAAGUUUUUCAGAUACUUAACUAAAGUUUUUAAGAUACAGACAAUUUACAGAUGUAAAUCAUCUACAGUGAUUUACCAUUUUUUCAUCUUUUUUUUCUUUUAAUAUAAGAAGCUGUUGUGAUAUUAAAAAUCUUUCCACCUUGACAUUUUAAUAACAAGUAACAGUGCUUACCAGCUACACUUCAUGAAGACAAAGAAUAACUCAAUACACCAACUCUCAGAAAUAAGUUGGUGAUGCUUAUUGUAUUUGGCUGAAAAAAUUUACUGUCUAUUGUAAAUGAACUUGUCUUUUCUGACUAUGCUGUUCUGUGGAUGAAUUGGAAAAUUCAGAUGAAUGGGUGUAAGUCAAUAACAGGAUCUCUCUCAUUUUCUGUGUGGUUUUAUUUUAGAAUGGAUCUUACAAUGCAAAUAGUACUUACCUUGAGAAGGCCACUAAACAUGAGCUCCAUCAUAGGUGUCAAAUGCUUCUUAAUACAGUGUGUGCAAGGAAAUACCCAAAUUUAACACAUAAAAUGAUUAAUUUUCUUUGUGGGACCGUUAUGGCUUAACCCCAAAUCACAACCAAGUACCAAACAGCCUCUCCAUUCACUCUCACACAUUGCAUUCUAAGGAGUUAAAUUUUAGCAGGGAAUUGUGAAAAUACAGACAUUGCAGCUUCAAUUUGGAGUUGCCUUAACCUUUAGAGUAUUACCACUUGGUUAAGAAUGUUGUCAGGUGUGUAACACUGGAUAUUUGUUUUUCAAAGGUUACAGCAUUUUAAUCCAAACUAUGAAAUGCUUAAGCUUCAGCUGAAAUGUUGUCAUUAUUGUCAAAAUGUUUUGCUAAUCCAGAAGGCCUAAUGCAGCAUAACAUAGAAGCUUGUUUAGUAUGGCUGUAUAACUCUGUAAAGCUCUUUGUUGAUUUCCAUAGCAUAAUUUUUUACAACAGAAACAUAAGCUCACGUUACUUCCCGUGAGGAUGUUGAAUGUUUUAUUAUUAGACUUUUCAAAAUGGGGAUGAACUAAUUUCUGUGGAAAAAAAUAUAUCGUAAAGAUUUUGUUUAAAAUAAGUGGUAAAUACUUGUGAACAUGUGUAAUGCUAUGCUGUUUAUUUACUCAAAAAUGGCAACAAUAUUUUAAGGAUGAAGUCAGUGAAUUAUAUUACAGAAAUAGUACAGAAUCUUAGUCAAUUUUCUUUUAAUGUCUCUUUAUGAGUGCAUUAAAACUAUUUACACAAUUUGUAAGUUUCUAUUUUUUUGUGAGACCUUUGA